AUGGGGUGGGAGCCAACGGUCCAGGGACCUCCCUUUCAGCUAUUCAAACCAGCGGUAAAGAAAAGCACCUCGUCUCAACUCCAGCUCACUAUUCCGCAUCCGGUGAAGGAAGAGUGGCAGUGUCAGGGCAUCCAGGAGAGAGUUGAUGGUGGAACACGGACGCUCGCUAAGCUCACCGCCAACAUGCACUGGCCCCUGAGCACCCAACGCUGCACGGCCAACCAAGCAGGCCCAAGAACACCUGGAGAGAGGGGCGACGGUCCUGUCUCACCAGCAUGCAGUCUUCGUACACCUGCAGAUGGAUGGGCCCGCUCAAUUCGCGCAGUCGCCGCCGUCCGGGCGUUGCUUCUUCGGCACAAUCACUUCUCAAACGCCUCUAUGCUAUUCACAGCUACACCACCCGGAACUCGCCCUAUAAUCAAAGCAAAGCAGGGAGGCCGUCUAAAACGAAAUCGCCCUCAUCCAGCUAAUGAGGAUUCGCAAGCCACGCCCUUGUAA